AUCACUUCAGACAGACUCAAUACUGACAAGUUACUGCAUGAAAAUGUAUUCACCUCAUUAUUAUAAGGGAAUUUCUCCGUUUUCAGCCUUGCUAAGUGUCUGUUUCCCCCAUUUGUUUUAUUGUAUGCUUUUAGAGGGACUUUUAAUGUCUACACUGUUAUUCCACCUUGUUUAUCUGAGAAGUAAGAUAGCCCCCCUCCUCCCCUCUCCAAAUUAAUAAAUGUGCUUAUCUUCUGGAUGUGUGACAGUAUUCGAGGUGUGGCUGAAUGUUUUCUGCAUGUGCUGUAAAGGCUAAGACACCAGUGCUAAGACCACUCCAUUGCCUUUUAUAGUUCAUGCUGGGAGUCUGGGACUUUUUGCAUAUCGUACUUCACAGCUAAUGUGACAGUUAAAGAUGUCCAAUAAUGGCUGCUGAGAUGUGCGAGGGACCUCGAUCUUCAGGGUCGAUUGGUUCAGCACCCCCAUCUCCACCUGUGCCAGAAUUUGUCUUCAAACCUCCAUCGCGACCGGACUUUGGCACAAUGGGCAGGACGAUCAAACUCCAGGCCAACUUCUUUGAGAUGGAGAUCCCGAAAAUUGAGGUGUACCAUUACGACAUUGAUAUCAAGCCUGAAAAAUGCCCCAGAAGAGUGAACAGAGAGAUAGUUGAGCACAUGGUCCAGCACUUUAAAACGCAAAUCUUUGGAGAUCGUAAACCAGUAUAUGAUGGGAGGAAGAAUCUCUACACAGCAAUGCCUCUCCCUAUUGGCAGAGAUAGAGUGGAGCUUGAGGUGACGAUCCCUGGGGAAGGGAAGGACCGGAGCUUCAAGGUGGCUAUAAAAUGGGUUUCCUGCGUGAGCCUGCAAGCCCUCCAUGACGCGCUCGCUGGACGGCUGCCCAAUAUACCCUUCGAAACCAUACAGGCCCUGGAUGUUGUGAUGAGACACUUGCCAUCUAUGAGGUACACCCCUGUAGGGCGCUCAUUCUUCACCCCCUCAGAGGGCUGUUCCAAUCCCCUGGGUGGCGGGAGGGAGGUCUGGUUUGGUUUCCACCAGUCUGUCAGGCCUUCCCUGUGGAAGAUGAUGUUGAAUAUUGAUGUGUCGGCCACAGCAUUUUAUAAAGCCCAGCCUGUGAUCGAGUUCAUGUGUGAAGUUCUGGAUUUCAAAAGCAUCGAGGAACAGCAGAAGCCCCUCACUGACUCCCAGAGAGUUAAGUUUACCAAGGAAAUUAAAGUUGCUUCUUCUUGGAAUAGUCUGUCUGCAGACCCGAGGAAACAAAGUGAUUUUGGACUGAAGGUUGAGAUAACGCACUGUGGGCAAAUGAAGAGAAAAUACAGAGUAUGCAAUGUAACUAGGAGGCCAGCGAGCCACCAAACAUUCCCUCUUCAGCAGGAGAAUGGACAGACGAUCGAAUGCACUGUAGCACAGUACUUCAAGGACAAGUACAAGCUUGUCCUCCGCUAUCCUCAUCUUCCAUGUUUACAGGUCGGACAAGAGCAGAAGCACACCUACCUGCCUCUUGAGGUUUGCAACAUAGUGGCAGGACAGAGGUGUAUAAAGAAGCUAACGGACAAUCAGACUUCCACUAUGAUCCGCGCCACAGCCCGCUCAGCACCGGACAGGCAGGAUGAGAUCAGCAAGCUGAUGAGAAGUGCCAACUUUAACAACGAUCCUUACGUACGUGAAUUUGGAGUAAGGGUGAGAGACGACAUGACAGAAGUAAAUGGGCGUGUCCUUCAAGCACCUUCCAUCCUUUACGGGGGCCGGAAUAAGGCAAUCGCCACUCCAAUCCAGGGAGUCUGGGAUAUGAGGAACAAACAGUUUCACACUGGAAUUGAAAUCAAGGUUUGGGCCAUUGCCUGCUUUGCUCCCCAGCGGCAGUGCACCGAACUCCUGCUCAAGGCGUUUACGGACCAGUUGCGCAAGAUCUCGCGGGACGCAGGAAUGCCAAUCCAGGGCCAGCCAUGUUUCUGUAAAUACGCGCAAGGAGCGGACAGUGUGGAGCCCAUGUUCAAGCACCUGAAAUACACCUACCAGGGCUUGCAGCUGGUGGUGGUGAUCCUGCCUGGGAAAACACCUGUCUACGCUGAGGUGAAGCGUGUUGGGGACACAGUCUUGGGAAUGGCAACGCAGUGUGUUCAAGUGAAGAAUGUGCAGAAAACUACUCCGCAGACCCUCUCAAAUCUCUGCCUCAAGAUAAAUGUCAAGCUUGGAGGAGUCAACAACAUAUUGUUACCCCAGGGCAGGCCUUUAGUGUUUCAGCAGCCAGUUAUUUUCCUUGGGGCAGACGUGACCCACCCCCCAGCCGGAGAUGGGAAGAAGCCAUCUAUUGCCGCAGUUGUUGGCAGCAUGGAUGCUCACCCCAGCCGUUACUGUGCCACAGUGCGUGUUCAGCAGCAUCGUCAGGAGAUUAUCCAGGAUUUGGCUGCUAUGGUGAGAGAGCUCUUAAUCCAGUUCUACAAAUCGACCCGCUUCAAGCCUACUCGCAUCAUCUUCUACCGCGAUGGCAUCUCAGAGGGACAGUUCAAUCAGGUUCUUCACCAUGAGCUGCUAGCGAUUCGUGAGGCCUGUAUUAAACUAGAGAAAGAUUACCAGCCUGGGAUCACCUUCGUUGUGGUCCAGAAACGCCACCACACACGGCUGUUCUGUACGGACAGGAAUGAGAGGGUUGGCAAGAGUGGAAACAUCCCUGCAGGAACCACUGUAGACACCAAAAUUACCCACCCGUCUGAGUUUGACUUCUACCUGUGCAGUCAUGCUGGCAUUCAGGGAACGAGUCGACCGUCUCACUACCACGUUUUGUGGGAUGACAACCAUUUUACUUCAGAUGAGCUGCAGGUCCUCACCUACCAGCUGUGCCACACCUAUGUGCGCUGCACGCGCUCCGUCUCCAUCCCGGCCCCUGCUUACUAUGCCCACCUGGUCGCCUUCCGAGCGCGCUAUCACCUAGUGGACAAGGAGCAUGACAGUGCUGAAGGAAGCCAUACCUCAGGACAGAGCAACGGGCGGGACCAGCAGGCCCUGGCCAAGGCAGUGCAGAUUCACCAGGACACUCUGUGCACCAUGUACUUUGCUUGACCAGGGGGAGCGGGAGGGACAGGCUAGGGCGGGGUGGAACAAUGGCAUUUCUGAACAGAGCUGGGCUCAGAUCAGACCAUCUGCACUUGUGGAACCCGGGAACCCCCCACCCCAUUCUUAUAACAAUAAGUACAUGGCAUACGAGGGGCAUUUCUCUCUUGAUGAGAUAGACAGCGCUUACAUAAAUGUAUAUGUGUACUACUUUUUAACAAACCAGUAUGAACUAGUGGGAACAUUUUAUUUUAAUAUCUCUAGAGGACAGAAUGCUUUUGACCUGAAACUAGGAGAAAUAAAAAAACAAAAAAAAAAGCUAUUUUCAUGGAAGACCCAUUAGAAAGCCCUCCAUCCUCUAUUGUUUAGAAUUGAGAUAUGCAAUGCUGCGUUGUUUUUAUGUAGUAUUGUUCUGCAGUCUGGUGUUGAGGGUCUUCAUAAAGUAAAUGUUUUUUUGGGUUUUUUUGUCAUUGUUAUACUGCUUUGGAUGCCUUGAUUCCGUUUCUUUUUUAAACUCUGUAUGUGCAAAGGCUUUCACACUGGUACUGUGCAGCUUGGGCCACCUCAGACGAAGUGUCUGCAAAGAGAGCUGGAUCUUAAUAGCCAUUAUCUGAGUUCCUUCUCACAUUGGGGUAUGCUGGUAUGCUCACAGCAGCAAUGAGAAGAUUUGACGUAUAUAGUUGUUGUAUUUAAGUGAUGCCCUGAAGAAACAAGGAAAGUAGACAGUAUAGACCAGUUUAGUUGGCUUUUUGUAUAAAGCAUUUUCAAUGUAAAAAGUGUUUUGGGAAGGGGGUGGUUCUGGCAGAAAAACUUUCCUAACAUAGCGCCUAGCGUAGCACCAGUCUCUGAGCACGGGUCAUUGCAUUCAUGUUUUGUUGGUGGUUAACGAUGCUUUUAUGAGGAUAUCCCCCCUCCCCUUUAUGUGUUUGUUUUAAAUAGAUUUAUACACUUUUUUUGGCUUUGUUUUUCCACUUAAUUAGAACAGAAAAUAAUGGCACGGUUGUAUUUGUUUCAUUUUGUUUUCCAUGUAAAUGUAUUAGACUAGUGAAUUUUUCUUCUAAUUUUAAGUUAAUUUGAACAUUAAGCCCAUAGUUGGUGCAUAUUUUAAAUGUACAGCUGUGAACAAAACCUUUGCAUCACCCUAGAAUUAUUUAAUUUUGCCUCG